AUGACGAGCGAGACCGAGGCGAGCGCGAUGGCCGAGUGCAUGGUCGACGCGGAAGCGCUAUCGGGCGUCGAUGCCAAGGCGCAGGAGGUCGAUCCCAAGGCGCCCAUGGAGGCAGCUGGCGGCGCAGGCGAAGCGCAGCCCAACGACGGUGGGACGCAGCCAAGCGCAGAGGUGGCGAAAGACACCCAAUCUUGCAUGUCGACGAGCAACGCACCGAUGAGCCAUCUCGACGACCCGCACGCUCCGAUCUCACGCGACGAUCUCAUGCGGUCGCUCGACGCGGAGCUCAACCGCCGGCGCCCGGAUACGUACAUCAUCACGCAGCUGUGCCACGACCUUGGCCACGUGCCAUCCAGUCGCCGCGCGCGCGUGUGGCAAGCGCUCUUGCUGCCGGGCGGCGCCAAGUCGGGCGAGUGCGAUAUCUUUGCGCCGAUCGACGCGGACGACGCCAACCAGCGCGUGAUCCGCGCGGACGCGCCUCGGACGCGGCCCAAGGACUUUGACGAGAACGAUCGGGCGGGCCUCGAACACUGUCUUCUCCACGUACUCACCUACUACUGCAAGUGCAAAACGAUCCGGUACAAGCAAGGCAUGAACGAAGUGCUUGCGCCGUUCCUCCUCCUCUUUGGCCUCGACGCGCCGGCCGCCGUGUACCAGUGCUACUACACGUUCAUCGACAAGUACCUCACCAACGUCUACUCGGACCGCGAGUUCCGGUCGCUCCAGUGCUCCAUGCGGCUGCUGCGCCUCCUCCUUCUCUACCACGACCCGCGCCUCUGUAGCUACUUGGACGAGCACGAUAUGACGCCCGAGCUGUACGUGACACCGUGGUUCAUGACGCUCUUUGCACGCAACACGGCGCCCGACGUGGUGUUUGCGCUAUGGGACGCGGUCUUGCUGCACGACGACCCGACGCUGCUGCAUUUUGUCGCGCUCGCGCUCCUCCAAGACAAGCGCGAGCUGCUGCUGCGCGCCGACCCCGCCGAGCUGCCGCAGGUGCUCACGAGCCUCAGCAUCACGAGCGUCGAGCACGCAACGUCGCUCUUGGCCAAGGCGCUGCAGACCAUGCACGUCACGCCCACGUCGUUCCGCAAGGACAUUCUCUCGGUGUGCUAUCGCCCGCUCACGGACCGGACCGUCUCGGCGCUCAAGCAGAUCGGCGCGACGUCGUGCUUGACGCUGCACCCGUCCGAGCUCGUGUCGUACAUGGCGCAGAAGGUCCAGGGCACGCUGGCCUCGAGCAUGAACCUCAUCAUCCUCGACUGCCGCCCAUUCCCCGCAUUCCAAGAGUUUCACCUCAGCCUUUCGUACCACAUUGAUCCGGACGUCGCGGCCAACCCCGAAGCCUUCCGCGUGCUCUUGGAUGGGUUUAGCCGCAUGAAGGACUGCCACUUUUGCUUCGUCGGCAGCAAGGCCAGUCGCAGCAGCGAGCCAGAGACCGCGGCCUUGUCGCCGUUGACCGACCCGGACCUGGUCGAUGACGUGGCCAUCUCCCGCUUCGUUGUCAUGUUUCUUCAACACAACUUUGCGCACGUGAGCAAAGUACUCGGCGGCCUCGACGCAGUCCGCGACGAGUUCCUUGCGACGCUCGACGACAGCGUCGUCGAACAACUUGUCGUGGGCGAGUACGUCGAUGACACGAGCGCGUCAUCGCUCAAGGUCAAGGCGAAGCGAUUGAUGGGGAAGCUCCCGACGCAAUCCGCGCUUCAGUCGCUCCAGCGGCUCAAGAGCACGAUCGGGAAGCCGCCGCUGCUCUUUGGAAAGGCGCCGACGACGCCGCCGACGCUCGACGGCGUGACGCAGUCGGCGCUCAUGGUCGGCGACGACGAGUGGGUCGAGGUCUGUGUCAAGAGCAAGGAGAUCCUCCGCCGCUCGUCCAAGUCGAUGGCCGACGACUGGAAGCGCGUACAUUUCGAGGCCGGGAAGCUCGGCAUUCUCUUCAAAGGCGUCGACCGGUCGCAAAUCACGGUCGACAGCAUCGUGCCGCGUGGCCAGGCCGAAGCAGCCGGGUUGCUUGAGCGUGGCGACGUCCUCGAGACCAUCGACGGCGCCAAUAUCCGCGGGCUCCGCUUCCACGCCGUCAUGGAGAUGCUCCAGCGCGCGCCGCGGCCCGUGACGCUGCAGUUCAGCUCGCCGCCGACCCGGCUCUUGGAUGUACUUGACGCGCUCUCGGUACCGCCCCACGCGCCCUUGCUCCUCCGCAACGGCCCGUACUCGCUCUCGAUCAUUUGGGACCACGUGCCCGGCGCGACCCGGUACCAGCUGCAGUACGCGCUUCAGUCGGAACACCGCUUCCAUCCGUGGGCCACGCUGGCCGUCAAGAGCCAAUCGGGCAGCGUUGUCGACCACAGCAGCGACGUGAGUGGCACCGUUGUGGGUCUCGAGCCGGGCGAGAAGUACCUCUUACGUGUGCGCUGCGGCACGCCGACCAACUGGGGCACGUACAGUGAGCCGAGCGUGACCAUGACGACGAUCGAGACUGCGUCGUCGCGCCGGCUCUUGAGCCCAAAGACUUCGCCGAGCCACGGUACCUCGAGUCACAACAGCGUGGUCGUCUUCCUCGCCGGCGAGUGCCCGGACGUGGUCGAGUCGGGUCUCUUCUACUACCGCGUCCUCCUCGGUCUUCGGGCGCGCGCCGGUCCGUCCUACGAUGCGUCGACCGAGGCGGUGGCGCUGGAGAAAGGGUCGCUCAUCAAGUGCGACGAGAAGAUUCUGCGCGGCCCGCACGUGUUUGUGCGACUCCAAGACACGGACCUGUGGGCGUUCGAGACGACGGCCGACGGCGCGCCGGUCCUCGAGCGGCUCGCGAUGGACAAGGAGCCGCCGCUGCGCCACAGCGAGAGCGUCGAGAAGCACAUGGCGACGGCGCCGUCGGGUCUGACGCUGCAGGCGACGGGGGCGACAACGAUCGUCGUGUCGUGGGAAGCGCUCUUGGACCCGAGUGUCACAAAGUACUGCAUUCAGUUUUCAAAAAACCGACUCGCCGCCCUCUGGAUCUCGCGCGACCUCGUGCCGACAGAGAACUCGUGUGUGCUCACCGAGCUCACGCCGGGGACAGCAUAUGUCGUGCGACUCCGAGCGGGGUACGAGACGGGGUACGGCCCGUACACGGCCACGUCGGCGCCAUGUCGGACAGGCGAUGCCCCGCCCGAAGUCGUCUCGCCCGACGACCUUGACGAGAGUAAGCCCGCCAAGCUCUUUACGAUGAACGGGUGGAUGGAGAAAGCGGCCGGCGCUGUCCAGCGCUUGACCAAGACCAACAGCAGCGACCAGCUCCCGGACGAGAGCGACGGCCGCCCGAUCUGGCGAGAGCCACCGCUCGUCAUCAACGUCGACGAGAUGAAGCAAGCGAAAGAAGAGUUUCAGUGGUUCCCGGCCAAGAAGCUCGUCGAAGAUGCCAGCGCCGUCGCGUGCGAGCUUGUCGUCACCAACGGCUACCUCUUGUCGGUGGAGCCCGAGGUCGAUCGGCCGGGCUGGGGUCGCAUCGACGAGCGCCGGCGACUCAAGCUUUUGACCAAGAUCACGUCGCGCCGCACGGUGCCCAACUCGGUCGUCUUCCACUUCAAGCAGCACGAAGACGACGACACUAUCGACCAUAUUGCGUUCAUCGUCGACGAGCGCAGCGCGUGCUUGGAGCUUGUCAAGCAGCGCUUCAUGGCCAUCACGGCGCCGCAGUAA